AAAGGGCGGGACUUGGUAGUGUAGAGCUCAAGGGGAUCAUCGGCUUCAGAAUCCCCUACUCUUGCGUGAGAGUAACUCUCAGUCUACGGAUGUCUUCUGCAGUUUCUUAGGGUCCAUGUUGGGAUUUACCGGCUGUAAACUAAACAAAGCAAAGCAAAACCCCAUAGUACAAGACAGAACCAGCAUUUUGUUUGAAAGCCUACUCUCUUUAAAGAUCCUGCCAUGCAAAUAAGGGGCUUUAAUGUGGCUCUCAGCGAUUGGUAGAUACUUACGAAAUCCGUCAUUUCCUUUCAGGGCAGGAUGCAAACCAAGAGGCGGCUUUCUGCUUUUCUAUUGGCUGUUGGAUACGGCUCCGCUUUUAGCCAAUCAAACGACUUCCCUUCACCCCUCCCGGUAGCUCUUAUAAAUUACAUCAAAUUGGUUAUUCUUUCCACAUUCUUCUCCUUGUAAAAGAAGCUGUAACUGCAAUUUUAGCCGUAAUGUCAGGACGCGGAAAGCAGGGAGGCAAGGCCCGCGCUAAGGCCAAGUCGCGCUCGUCCCGCGCUGGCCUCCAGUUCCCGGUGGGGCGAGUGCACCGCUUGCUGCGCAAGGGCAACUACGCGGAACGGGUGGGGGCAGGCGCCCCGGUGUACCUGGCGGCGGUCCUCGAGUACCUGACCGCGGAAAUUCUGGAGCUAGCGGGCAACGCGGCUCGGGACAACAAGAAGACGCGCAUCAUCCCUCGCCAUCUGCAACUAGCCGUGAGGAAUGACGAAGAGCUCAACAAGUUACUCGGGGGUGUCACCAUUGCCCAGGGCGGCGUCUUACCCAAUAUCCAGGCUGUCCUGUUGCCCAAGAAAACGGAGAGUCACAAGCCUGGCAAGAACAAGUAAUUAAGAGGCUUGACACCAUACUCAUUCACCCCAAAGGCUCUUUUAAGAGCCACCAAAGUGUCAAAUGAAGGGCUGAUCACGAAAUAGCGCAUUAGCUCUUUUUUUGAAAACUUGGGUGGCUCUAAAAAGAGCCUUUGGUCUUUGGUUUGUCUGUCUGCAUUUAUUUGCUUUUGGCUUUGUGGCUUUCGGUUUUCUUUGGUAACAGAACGGCCUGGAUGUUAGGCAAAACGCCGCCCUGGGCGAUGGUGACUUUGCCCAGCAGCUUGUUCAGUUCCUCGUCGUUGCGGAUGGCCAGCUGGAGGUGACGAGGGAUGAUGCGCGUCUUCUUGUUGUCCCGAGCCGCGUUGCCCGCCAGCUCCAGGAUCUCGGCAGUCAGGUACUCGAGGACCGCCGCCAUGUAGACGGGCGCGCCAGCCCCCACCCGCUCCGCGUAGUUGCCUUUGCGCAGCAAGCGAUGCACUCGCCCUACCGGGAACUGGAGGCCAGCGCGGGACGAGCGCGACUUGGCCUUGGCGCGAGCCUUGCCUCCUUGUUUGCCACGACCAGACAUGACUGAAACCAAGGUUAAACACAGACAAUGCUCAGAA